UGCGAAAACAUAGUGUGCCUGGACAUUUUGUCCCUGCUUUGUAGAGUCGGGGAUGUCCAACAGUACCAAACCCCGUGUCGACGAUGAGGACGACGUCGAUGAUCUCGACGAUGUCCUGGAUCAAUUCACUCCGGCCAAAGCCCCUGCAUCCAGUUUAUCUCAACCAUCGACGUCAUCCUCUGCUGUGAAUGAACCAACCUCAUCGAAACAGGAGCCGUCUUCUUCAAAUGCUGACUUUGACGCUGAUUUUGCGAAAUCGCUUGCUGAAGACAUGGAGGCUCUUUGGCGCGAUCUUGCGCAGCAGGGACUCAUGAUGACAGAAGGGAUGGAUGGCUCGACCGACCCAUCGCUCACACAGGGAGCACCUAUUACCCCGAAAACUGGCGAAAAGGACGACUUCCAAUCACGCAUCCGGAACACUAUGAACAAGCUCAAGGAGAGCGAGUCAGGCUUGAAGUCAUCGGAUCCGAGCAGUUCUGCUCCUAGUGCUGAUCCACUCGAGGCGCUUUUAUCUCAACUUGGAGACGAGGAUGAAGAAGAGAUGCAGGGUGUCCUAGAAGCCAUGAUGGGCCAGCUUAUGGGCAAGGACGUCCUAUACGAACCCUUGAAAGAACUCUCGGACAAGUUCCCGGACUACCUCAAGGCCAAUGCAACUACCUUGACGUCCGAUGAUAAGUCACGCUACGAUGCGCAGAUUGUCUGCAUCAGGCAACUCCUGGAAACUUUUGAAUCAAAAGAUUACGCUGACGACGACGACAAGACGAGAAUUAAGAUCGUCGAGCUCAUGGGUGAGCUUCAAAAACACGGGUCUCCCCCGGAGGAAAUCAUGGGCCCAUUACCCCCCGGAUUGAGCAUGGGCGCUGAUGGUAUGCCGGAUAUGCCGGAUAACUGUAUUAUCAGUUGAAUGCAUAUCGGCGGAGGGACUGAAUAAGUUCAAGCGAAUACCGGAGCUUGCCGUUGUCCACAACCUUCAUGAUAGUACAUAACAUUUGCGACAAAUUUACAAGCAUACUUGGGGUAUACUGAAAAUUGUUGCACCGAGAACAAACAUCGAUCGGACUUGCGCACUGCCGUAGCAUUGUAGCUCCCAGAUCCUUGCCCCUGAAUGAGCACACUCUAUGUUGCCGUGUUGUCUUCA